AUGGUAACGGCCAGGCCUUCCGGCGGCGGCCGGAAGCGGCGGGCGCGCGGGGCAGCAAUGGCGGCGCCCUCUGCCCCGCCGGCCGCCGCCGCCCUCACGGUGCUGCUGUCGGUCGGUGCCUCCGCACCCGGGCUGCUGUGGGGUGUCCCCGCCGCCCGCUCCGCCGCCGCGUUGCGCCCCGCAGCCCUGCACGACGGGGAAGUUCACAGGUUGAUCACCUACAUCUUCAUCUACGAGGACCUGAUCUCCCUGGCCUGUGGUGCUGUUAUCAUCUGGUACUUUGCUGGCAGCUUUGAGAAGAACGUGGGCACAGCGAAGCACUGCAUCCUCACUGCCACUUUCUCCGUGCUCUCUGCCCUCCUGUACCUCUUCCUCGAGCCCCUUGUCUCCAGGCUGCUGGAAGUGGCAGAUGCCAAAGGGUUCAUGCCAGUGGCUUUUGCCACACUGGGGGUUUCUACCACCCGCUCCCGCAUGAAGAGCACUCUGCUCUUUGGGUUCAGAGUUCCUGUGGUGCUGGUGCCGUGGCUUGGGCUCUGCAUAGCGUGGUUUGUCCCCCACUCUUCCCUCUUGGGGAACCUGUGUGGGCUCCUGGUUGGGGAAGCCUAUGGUCUUGGCUACUGUUUCUGCUUGGAUUUUCCAGAGUCUGUGGGCUCUAAGCUGGACCGAGUGUUUCCUUUCACUCUGCUGAGGAGGAUACCAGGGCUGAAAUACAUCCCAGGGUCCUUAGCAGAGAGAAGAGCCUCUGGAAACAGCACGAUUAUCCCUGUACCUGGUACUUACCCCACCCAGAGCUACCACUGCCCUUCGCCUCUGGCUCUUCCUGCUCACCCCAGUGCUCAGAGCCAGGGCUUUCAUCACAGCCACACGCCGGGACACCAGGGACCUCAGCAGGGCCGUGCUGCAGGGUACAGCCUCAGUUCUUCCCACUGCCAAGCCAGAGGUGCCUUUGGAGAGUGUCCUGGGCAGGCCCAGGCUGGAGUCUCACCAGGACAGUGCUGCCAGCUGGGCAAAUUCCCCGUCCCACAGCGUGUGUGCCCAGCUCAGCCACAGCCACCUGCAGCCACGGGCCUUCUGGCUGGUGUUCAGCAAGCACCAGGGUAUCCAGCAACCCCAGUGGCCCCUGUUUCAGCUGAAUUUACCAGAGUCCAGGUGUACUGAUCCUCCAGAGAGCAGCAAGAUUCACAUAGGAGCAGGACCACUGUGUGAGGCUCCCACAGCAGUGGGAGCUGGCGUUUUGCUUUAUCUGGGGUGAGUGCUGAAAUGGGUUGGUAGCUUCAGUGAAGGCCAUUCCUCUGCUCCCUGGCACAGUCUACUUGAAUUAUAUUUCCUUUAUAAUUUGUUUUUUUUAACUUUUGGUGUGGCUGGAGGAUGGGAACUGUAUCACCUCUGUGAACUUCUCAUCCUUUUAAAGUCUUUCUUCUUUGCUGCAUUUAGCAGCUGCCUUUUUCCACAAGUCCACUGGAGUUCCAGUGCACCAGCUCCCCAAGCCAAGGAAGGAACCUCACAGGCAAAACACUGAGCAAAUCUGGGAUUUAACUGGGCUGCAGCAAUAAACACUUCCCAUUUACAUUCCUGUCUUUUUUGCAGGUGUGAUGUAGCUAGAAUCCAAAAGCACUGGGAAUCAUAGAAGCCUUAGUUUGUAACUUAAAAUUAAAUGGAGGACAGAUGUCUGUUCUACUGGUGACUUGUCCCCUAAGAGAGUGCCUUGAAGGGGGCUUGUUACACCAACCUGGGGCAAGAGGAUAGAACACAGAAUACCUUCUUCUGCCCCAAAACACAGCUCUAAAAUGCUGAAGGUCCUGUGCUUGCAUCAAUGGAUUACCUUCAUUUUCUGAAAGCACUAUACCAGCACAACCUGUGUCACCAGCACUUGAUAAGGCAACCUCAAAAGCCUGUGAAGCAGCGGGAGACUUUUCAGUAAGGGAUUUUGGCCCUUUGUGGAGCAAAUGUUUAUAAAUCCAAGGAGUUGGGAGGGACCUUAACAAUGAGUUAGAAGAAUUAAGUGGAAUGUGGCAGUGCUGUUGAGGGUGUUCACACUGCUCAGCUUUAGAAAUCUCACCCACCAAUAUUAGCACAAUCUCUCUCUGUUUUUUUCAGAGCUGGUGGGCAGGUGUGUGGGAGAGGGGAGUUUUCAGCCAAGGAUUUGCAAUAGGAUGCACUGUUUGGUGCCUGAGGCUGUAAUGAAGGAGUUUGGUCCAGCUGCUGGGAUUUGAGCUUUAUUCUCAGCUGUGUAGUCCACUGUACAGUAGCCAGGAGGAAUCUGCUGUCUCUCUGUCUGUAAAUCAGCCAGAAUCUCAACAAUUGCCCUUGACUGUACUUGGAGUUUUGCUGUCCUCCAUAAAAAAAGUGCUCCAUGAAGCACAAAGUGCCAUUCUUGCUCUUGGAAAUGUUCUUGCAGUGCCUCACCCAUCCCCAGAAACUCAACAGCCUCAGGGCUCCUCCCUGCUCUCGGUGAGCCUGGCCAGAGAUAGCACUGGCAGCUGCACAUUCCAAAGCACAUCCCUCCCUUUUUCAUUUUCCCAUCAUCAGAGUCUGAAGAAGCCCCAUGUUGACAUCCAGCUGCUUUACUUCUCCAGCAGUCCCUCUGGAAUGACUGCUACGGUCCUGUGUGGGAUGCAGGGGCUUCCUUUUGAAGGAGACCAAAGUCAGUGCUGAGAACUUGUACCUCAGAUAAGUAAAACAUGAAUAAGAAGCUCUUCUUGCAAAGGUGAGCAACUCUGGCAGGGCUUUCAGCAGGAGGAUGCAGCAACUCGGGAACCAACUUGGAGCUGGGGGACAGCUCUAUCUCGUACCUGAUUAUUUCACUCCUCUGUGGGAUCACAAACAGACUUGAUUUCGUGGUCCUGUUUUUCCUGCUGACAGCAAUUGCAUUGUUAUAUUUUUAGUGUGGAACAAGAGCAGGAUAAGGAGCUUGUUUGGAAUUUAAAAGCAUAUUCUUAAUACCAGGAAAAAAAAGCUAAAGAUAACAUUGGAAUGUUGAUACUCCACUCCCGUUAGUGCCUUGGUUUUCCUCCUUGUGAAAUCCUUACCUGUAAAUUUAGAAAUUUUAUCACUGAUUUUCUUCCAGAAGGGUGAUGAGGAUCGAUAGCAAUUACACAUGUUGUGUAUCUCCAAACUGUGAACUUGAAAUAGAAUCUGAAAGACGGA